AAAUUCAAACUUUUUUGAGAACGGUCAAAUAAAAAAUAUUUUUAUCGAAAAAGGAAAUACAUUUAAAUUAUUAAUUUCGUAAAGAUAUACGAAAGAAGGAUUAAAGCACCUGUAAUUUUGCAUGAUACAAAAUAAACUUCCAUCCCAAAGAUGCAGUCAGUAUAUUUAUUCAACCGUAGUGAUAAUCAAAUACUAGAAGAGUUGUUACGAGUGUGCAGCACGGGAAGGGACACCGCCCGCGAACAAUGGAGCUUGCAGGCAGAGCUUCUAGUUGAACCAGUAGGCUGGGACGCCCUGUGGAAAUUGUCCAAAGACUUCUGUAAAAAGUUUGAUGUAAGAUUUCCUUGCGUCGCUUAUGUAUCUGUGACAUCGGUGGAUUUUGAGGAAUUAUCAGCCAGUGCAGAUGUGCUGAGUGUGCAACAUGAAGCUGUGACAAUACCAGAGACUGUUGUUGAUAUACCUCUGGUAGAGCUCUGGCCUACAAUAAAACAACGAGAGGCCAGUAUAAAUGCGGCCACCACAGCUGAUUUUAUCGAUCUUUUGAGAUUUUUCUAUGAAAACAUUUGGAUGCCAUGGGAUGAUCAGGAUGGUAAAACAUUACUCCCUAAAACAAUAGAGGAGAGAAUGAGUCUUUGGAGUGACAUACACAAUGGUCCCAUACCAAAUUGUGUUGCCAGAUCUAUAACACAACUAAGGAACAGUGCUAUUGAUGCCUACAAGAAACUCAAGGAUCUAGAUUCUUCUCUAUGUGAUGGUAUAUUGGAUGAUGAUGAUGAUUCUCUCCUACCUCCAAGCUACAUAUCAGAGUGUGCGGAGAUGAAUGCACGUCUGGACAGUCUGAUGUCCAAAUGGACUCUGUAUGAAAACCCACUCAUCAGGGAACAAUACUUAGCUAAGACUAAGCACAAAUGGCAGAAGACUAAAAGUAAAAGAAAUGUUGUGGCAUUAUGGCAAGGAGGUUCUGUUACCGAAUUUAAUGAAAUAUCGAAAUUUCUCUCCAAAAACUUAAACAACGAUCACAAUCUGACAAUGAUGGCGUCAGCUGAAGAUGGCUUAUCUCUGGAGCCUGAUGAUCUGGUGGUGUGCAGCAAAACAUAUGAACUGCCCGAGAUGCCUCUAUCACAAAUAUCUAUAUGCAGUUUUAAUGGUUCAACAUUAAAAGCAGCAGACAUGAGAUCGUGCCUGUUGAUGCUGAGCGAGGAGUGCCGGCUGCGCGAGCUGACGCUGCACUGCGCGCAGGUCAACACCAUCAUCGUGAUGAUGACGGGCACCCUCCACAUCAGCAACUGCAUGCUUGCUGAUGUCUCCAACAACUCACAGAGGGAUUUCGCGCAAGGUAUUGUGGCGAAGGCCGGAGCAAAGAUUGUUAUAGAAGAUUGCACAUUUGAAAACUUCUACUCUGGUAUUGUUGUUCACAAAGGAGCACAGGUUGAGUUAAAGAAAUGUCUCCUGAAGCAAUGCGGUGUGGGCAUCCAGAUGUACUCCGGCUCCCGCGUCUCGCUGGACAGCACUGUCAUAGCAAACUGCUCCGAGCAGAGCAUACGCUACGAAGUGUACGAUGGCUGUGCUAAUAUCGACGAAUCGGAAGAUCUACAGAUAAUGCCGAAUUGUACAAUUGGUUCUGGAAAUUUAGAUAAGGAAGUUUUAACUGUUAACCAUGAUGUUGACUUAUUUUAAAAUUACUUGUUAACAACCAAAAAGUUAAGUUUUAUAUUGUAUUUCUGUGUAUACUAGAUUGCAGAACAUUUAUUUUACCCACCAUAGCAGACACGGAUAAAAUCAUACAAAUAUUACAAAUGUGAAAGUUUAGAUGGAUGGAUGGAUGGAACAUACAUAUGUUUGUUAGU